GCCUGCAAGCCGCAACCGCUGAAACAGUGAAAUAGUGAGCCCGCAACGCGCACUUAGUUACAUAACGCAGUGGCCGGCGUACGCGCACACUCCAAUACUUGCCAUUCGGUUUUGUGUUAUUAGAUGUUAUGAAUUCACGACUGUGUUGACAUUAUGAUUAUCGGCUCAUUACAAUGUGCGUUGCUGUUGAUGGCGCUGACGUCCAGCGCUGGCGAGCGUUGGCGUUGGCCGGACGCGGAGGGUGCGGAGAGCGUGCGGAUCGACACCAAGGUGGGCUUCGUGGAUGACCAGGGGAAUAGCAAAAGAAACAACCGAGGAAAUAUCCAAGCAGACGAGAUCACGUUCCAGCAGCCCACGGAUACCCAGGGCUUCUACAACCGACCGCCCGGAAACGGACGCUACCCCGUGCGCGUAGAGCGCGUCCGGGAUGACCCGGACAUCCGCAUUAAUGGGCGACCAGCUCCCAACAACGGCGGACACACAAAUGAAAAGUACCAAGACGGCACGCUAGACUCGCUUCAGUAUUGCAAGUGUGCUUCUACGCCGGAUUGUGAAGUGCGAACCGACUACGCGAAAGCCUGCGAUGCUAACCAGUAUUUAUGUUGCUACAAUGAUCCUGGCAAACAAAAUGGACUUCAGUCAGAAUUCUUCAAUGAAGUAGAUGACGAACGACCCAUGUUGUUUCCGGGUCAAUCUAGCAAUGCUGGACCAUUUUCAUCAACUAACUAUGACAACAACGCCGUCAUCAGUCCAGGUUACGGACAUGGUAGCUUCCAAAGUCAAUCUGGAUUGCUAACAGGUCCUGGAGGUCCAACCGGCAUAAAUGGCCCCGAAAGAAAACCAGUGCUAGUUGGACCUGGAGGACCAACAGGUAUAAUUGGACCCCAGAGGAAACCAGUGCUAGUCGGGCCCGGUGGACCAACAGGUGUAAUUGGACCACAGAGGAAACCAGUGCUGGUUGGACCUGGUGGACCUACUGGAGUAAUAGGACCCGGCGGUCACAAUGAAGUGGGAAAUUCUGGGCGACCAGUACUUGUUGGGCCUGGAGGUCCAACUGGAGUGAUAGGUCCGGACUAUGAUAAACCUUACCUUGUCGGACCCGGAGGUUCCAGGGGCGAGAGAGGCCAUGAUAAACAAAUACUUGUUGGACCUAGUGGACCCACCGGAGUAGUAGGUCCUGAAAGACCUGUUCUUGUGGGACCCGGUGGCCCUACAGGUAUAAUUGGACCAGCAAAUGACGACCGUAACGAUAAUCUACUAGUAAGACCACUCGAACGGCCUGGCGAUAUACGGCAGAGCGAGUCAGCGCAAAGAGGAGUACUAGUCGGCCCUGGUGGUCCAACAGGAAUCAUCGGCCCAGCUUUCAACCGACCGUUUUUCUAUGGUUCCGGAUUCAAUCGACCCGUGCUAGUUGGUCCAAGUGGACCUACUGGUAUAAUUGGACCACGCCUAGUCGGUCCGGGUGGUCCUACCGGUAUUAUAGGUCCAGAUUUCAAUCGCCAAUCGCGAGGUCGAGGAGUUCUGGUCGGACCUGGGGGCCCGACCGGGCGGAUCGGGCCGAGGAACUUCUUCGGCUGUGCACAUCGCAAGAACAAUCAAAACAAAGCAACGGGUGAGAAGCUCUCUAAAAAGACAAAUAGAACUCAAUUUGUUUGUACAUCACAAUCUCAUAAGUGUAAUAAAGUUUAAUAAUUGUAUAUAUGUACCAAUA